AUCACGCCCCCACUAGCGAACAACCGGCCGGUGAACGAACCCGCCGAGCUUGCUAGCUCGCUGAUCUCGCUGACCUCGCCGGCCGCGGCCGCGAUGCCUAUAUAUCCUGCCCCAAGCACACGCCCAUGCCGUAUCGCCCACUUCCUCUCUCAGCUCCUCUGCUAGCUCUCUCACGCACAAGCACACACAACUGCAACUUCAGGUCGACGCGCGCCGAUCGAUCGUACGUGUCAGCAGCGAGCCAUCAUGGCCUUGGCACGCGGCGGCAGGGGGUCGUCAUCCCGGGCGGCGGCGGCGGCGCUGGCGGCGGCGCUUGCCGCGGCGGUGCUGGCGGGCGUGGCGAGCGGGGACUUCGCGGCGGACCGAGCGGAGUGCGCGAACCAGCUGAUGGGCCUGGCGACGUGCCUGACGUUCGUGCAGGACAAGGCGACGGCGGUGGCGCCGACGCGCGACUGCUGCGCGGGGCUCAAGCAGGUGGUGGCCGCCAGCAAGAAGUGCAUGUGCGUGCUGGUCAAGGACCGCGACGAGCCGGCGUUGGGCUUCAAGAUCAACGUCACCCGCGCCAUGGACCUGCCCUCCCUCUGCAACUACCCCGCGACCUUCUCCGACUGCCCAAAGAUUCUUGGGAUGUCGCCGGACGCCCCCGAGGCGGAGAUCUUCAAGGAGUACGCGAGGAAGCACGAGUCCCAGAACGGCACCGCCACCAUACCCGCCGCUGCAACCGGUGCCGCGGGCGGGAAGAGCGCCACGAGCUCGUCGCCGGCGGGCGGGGCCGGCGCCGGGAGCAAGCCGGGCGCGGUCGUCGUCUACCUCGCGUCGGCGCUGGUCGCAUUCGUCUCCGUCCUCGCGUGAUGGGCGCCGGGCGCGACGACGCAGUUGAUCGGCAUUCAUAGCAGGCAGGGGAGAUACACUAUUAUACUACGGAUGAUCGGAGGAGAAGGAAGCCGGAGAGGGAUAAAGCGACGAGCAGCAAAAGACACGCGUACUCUUUUUUUUCUUUUCUUUUUAGCUUUUGUGAUGAGGCGUCGGGAUGUGCUGCUGACUGUGCCCUAGCGACGCAGCUUUGUAUUCCCCGCUGUUGGGCUGUGCUGCCUUCCAGCCUGGGAUUUAAAUGUGGUGGGCGGAGAUUGUCGAGCUGUCUGUCUGAAUCUGAUCGAUUUGCCUUACUGCAAGUUUGGUUUGCAAAUUUUAGUUCAUCUUCUUGUUUGAAACAGUUUUCAUGUCAUCUUCUGUAAGCAACAUUUGGGGCACAUGUAAUAGAAAUUAUACCUGGAUUGUUUAUGCUAAAGAAACUCCAUCUGUUU